AUGGCUAGAAGCAAGCGCACGAGAAGCAAGGACGUCGCAACAACACAAUCUGCGACGGACCCUAGCCAUCGCGAUGACGCGGUGUCAAUCCAACCAAAUAGCUUCGCCGCCAAAACCAUGACUUUUCUUCCCGGCCCCAUGGUCGUGGAGCUUGAGCAGAGAGAGCAAUGGAGGUCUUUUGGUUGUGGGGUUUUCGCCGGCGGAGGAGGAGUACGGGUUUGGGUGUGA